AGUCCCGUAAUUAAAAUUCAAAACACCAUUUUAUCAUUUGGUUUGGUCUCUCGCCGGCACUCGGCAGAGAAACAAAAAGCAAAAAAGAAAAGAAAAGAAAAGAAAAACAAUAAGAAAAUAUAAAUAUCUCUUCUCGUUUUGCAGCUCUGCAUUUGGAUAGAUCAAAUCGUUGAUAGAAAAAAAUUUAAAGAUAAGUAGAAAUAAAAUGUCUGAAGAAGAGAAAUUGUUAAAGGAGGCAAAGAAAUUGCCAUGGGAAGAUCGGUUGUUUCACAAGAAUUGGAAGGUAAGGAACGAGGCUAACAUCGAUUUAGCUGCUCUAUGCGAUUCCAUCACGGAUCCGAAGGACUCGAGGCUCCGCGAAUUAGCUCCAUUUUUCAAAAAGACAGUGGCGGAUUCGAAUGCUCCGGUGCAGGAGAAGGCGUUGGAUGCUUUGAUUGCGUUCUUAAAAGCGGCCGACGCUGAUGCCGGAAGGUAUGGGAAGGAAGUAUGCGAUGCCAUCGUGGCGAAAUGUCUCACAGGCAGGCCUAAGACCGUCGAGAAGGCUCAGGCAGCGUUCAUGCUCUGGGUGGAAUUGGAGGCUGUUGAGGCUUUUCUGGAUUCAAUGGAGAAGGCCAUUAAGAAUAAAGUUGCCAAAGCAGUGGUGCCUGCAAUUGAUGUCAUGUUUCAAGCACUAAGUGAAUUUGGAGCCAAAGUUGUUCCACCUAAAAGAAUUCUAAAGAUGCUUCCUGAACUCUUUGACCAUCAAGAUCAAAAUGUCCGUGCAUCCUCCAAAGGGCUGACUCUUGAGCUUUGUCGUUGGAUUGGGAAGGAUCCUGUCAAGUCAAUAUUGUUUGAGAAGAUGCGUGACACUAUGAAAAAAGAGCUUGAGGCUGAGCUUGUGAAUGUGACUGGGGCAGCCAAGCCAUCUCGGAAGAUAAGAUCCGAGCAAGACAGGGAACCAGAACCUGAAGCUGUGUCUGAAGCUGCUGGUCCUGGCCCCGCUGAAGAAUCUGUAGCUGAUACUCCUCAGGAAAUAGAUGAAUACGAGCUUGUUGAUCCAGUUGAUAUAUUAACUCCUCUGGAGAAGUCUGGAUUUUGGGAUGGAGUGAAAGCUACCAAGUGGUCAGAAAGAAAGGAGGCUGUUGCUGAACUCACAAAGCUUGCAUCAACAAAAAAGAUAGCUCCGGGUGAUUUUACGGAAGUUUGCCGGACGUUGAAGAAGCUUGUUACAGAUGUAAACAUUGCUGUUGCAGUUGAAGCCAUCCAAGCUAUUGGAAAUCUUGCUCGGGGUUUGCGGACCCAUUUUUCUGGUAGUUCGCGCUUUUUGUUGCCAGUUUUACUUGAAAAAUUGAAAGAGAAAAAACCUACUUUGACUGAGUCACUCACACAAACUCUUCAAGGAAUGCACAAAGCAGGGUGCUUAAAUCUGGCGGACAUUGUGGAAGAUGUUAAAACUGCAUCUAAAAACAAAGUUCCUCUUGUGCGUUCUUUAACUUUGAACUGGGUGACAUUCUGUAUCGAAACAAGUAACAAAGCUGUUGUUCUGAAGGUGCAUAAGGAUUAUGUCCCAAUCUGUAUGGAGUGUCUUAAUGAUGGGACCCCCGAUGUCCGAGAUGCAGCCUUUUCAGCACUGACAGCUGUUGCUAAGUCUGUCGGUAUGAGGCCAUUAGAGAGAUCUUUAGAGAAACUUGAUGAUGUUAGAAAAAAGAAGCUCUCUGAGAUGAUUGCUGGAUCUGGUUCUUCUGUACCUGGUGCUACAAGCUCAGCUGCUGUAAAAAAUUCAGGUGGUGGUUUGUCUUCUACAGAGGUUUCUGAAGGUUCAUUUGUUAAGAAAUCUGCGGCUAGCAUGCUUAGUGGGAAGAGGCCAGCCCCUGCAGCUCCUGCUAACAAGAAAGGGACUUCAGCGAAGUCAGGCAACAGUAAAAAGGUAGAUGGAGCUGGACGGACGGAAACAGCAAAGUCGAGUGAGUCGCCUGAGGACAUUGAGCCAGCAGAAAUGAGUCUUGAAGAGAUUGAAAGCAGAAUAGGUUCCCUCAUUCAGGCAGAUGUCAUUUCUCAACUGAAGAGUGCUGUAUGGAAAGAGCGUCUUGAAGCCAUAUCCUUGCUGAAAGAACAGGUUGAAGGUCUCCAGGACCUUGAUCGGUCUGUGGAGAUUUUGGUUUAUUUGCUAUGUGCUAUUCCUGGAUGGAAUGAGAAAAAUGUUCAGGUCCAGCAGCAAGUUAUUGAAGUUAUCACUUAUCUGGCCAACAGUGCUGCAAAAUUUCCAAAGAAAUGUGUUGUUCUUUGCCUUCUUGGUAUAAGUGAAAGAGUGGCAGAUAUGAAGACUCGUGCACAUGCUAUGAAGUGCCUCACUGCUUUCUCCGAGGCAGUAGGUCCAGGAUUUGUUUUUGAAAGGCUUUAUAAAAUAAUGAAAGAACACAAGAAUCCCAAGGUUCUUAGUGAAGGUUUAUUGUGGAUGGUCUCCGCUAUUGAGGAUUUUGGUGUAUCACAUCUGAAGUUGAAGGAUCUAAUUGAAUUUUGUAAAGAUACUGGAUUGCAGUCCAGUGCUGCAGCCACCCGAAAUGCUACAAUUAAGGUUUUGGGUGCUUUACAUAAGUUUGUUGGUCCAGAUAUCAAGGGGUUUCUUACUGAUGUCAAACCUGCAUUGCUUAGUGCACUGGAUGUUGAAUAUCAAAAAAAUCCAUUUGAGGGUACUUCCACCGCUCCAAAGAAAACUGUCAGGGCAUCAGAACCAUCCUCUUUGUCUGCCGGUGGACUAGAUGGUCUGCCACGUGAAGAUAUUAGUGCGAAGAUCACUCCUACCCUGUUAAAGAGCUUGGAGAGUCCUGAUUGGAAGGUGCGUUUGGAGUCUAUUGAAGCUGUCAAUAAAAUUUUGGAAGAGGCUAACAAGCGCAUUCAACCUACUGGAACUGGAGAGCUAUUUGGUGCUCUUAGGGGCCGGCUAUAUGAUAGCAACAAAAAUUUGGUUAUGGCAACUUUGACUACCAUUGGCAAUGUUGCAUCUGCAAUGGGACCGGGUGUCGAGAAAGCAAGCAAGGGAAUACUAUCAGAUAUUUUGAAAUGCCUAAGCGACAAUAAGAAACAUAUGAGAGAGAGCACUUUGUCUGCUUUAGAUGCUUGGAAUGCUGCUGUUCAUUUUGACAAAAUGGUUCCUUAUAUCACAUCAGCACUAACAGACUCCAAGCUUGGGGCGGAAGGACGUAAAGAUCUUUUUGAUUGGUCAUCUAGGCAACUCUCUGGACUUAGUGAAUUUCCUGAUGCUGUGCAUCUGCUCAAACCAGCAGCCACAGCCAUGAUGGAUAAAUCAGUGGAUGUUCGCAAAGCAGCAGAUGGAUGCGUCACUGAAAUUUUAAGAGUUAGCGGGCAGGAAGCAAUUGAGAAGAAUCUUAGAGAUAUACAAGGGCCAGCUUUAGCUCUUAUCCUUGAGCGGGUAAAACCUUAUGGGUCUUUCCAAGAAUUAGUUGAACCAUCCAAAGGUGGUUCUAUUGGACUGGCAUCAAAAACCAACACAAAGGUUGCAAAAGCUACUUCCAAUGGUGUCACUAAACAUGGCAAUAGAACUGUAACUUCGAGAGCCAUCCCAGCGAAGGGAUUGAAACCAGAUACCAUGUUGCCUGUUCAAGGUAUAUCUGUUCAGCCUCAAGCUUUGUUGAAUGUCAAGGAUUCAAAUAAGGAGGAAAGGGAGAGAAUGGUUCGAAGGUCGAAGUUUGAAGAGCCGCGAAUUGAACAGAUCCAAGAUCUUGAGAAUGAUAUGAUGAAGUAUUUUAGAGAGGAUCUACAUAGGCGCUUGUUGAGCACUGAUUUCAAGAAGCAAGUUGAUGGUCUUGAGAUGUUACAGAAGGCACUCCCUUCCAUUGGGAAGGAAAUAAUUGAAGUUCUGGACAUACUAUUGAGGUGGUUUGUUUUGCAGCUAUGUAAAUCUAACACGACAUGCCUUUUGAAGGUGCUGGAGUUUCUUCCAGAACUUUUUGACUCGUUGAAGGGUGAGGCAUAUAGUUUGACGGAGGCAGAAGCUGCCAUUUUUCUUCCGUGCUUGGCAGAAAAGUUGGGGCAUAACAUUGAGAAAGUUAGAGAAAAAAUGCGGGAGCUGACAAAGCAAAUAGUUCAAGUGUAUUCGGCCACAAAAAUCUACACUUACAUUUUGGAUGGUCUUCGUUCAAAGAACAAUCGUACUAGGAUAGAAUGUGUUGAUCUUGUUGGUUUCUUUAUUGAUCAUCAUGGGGCUGAGAUAAGUGGACAACUAAAAUCAUUGCAAAUUGUUGCAAGCUUGACAGCAGAACGAGAUGGUGAAAUUAGGAAGGCUGCCCUAAAUACACUAGCUACUGGAUAUAAGAUUCUUGGUGAUGACAUAUGGAGAUAUGUAGGGAAGCUGACAGAUGCUCAAAAAAGCAUGCUAGAUGAUAGAUUCAAGUGGAAGGUUCGAGAGAUGGAAAAAAGAGGGGAAGGCCGACCUGGUGAAGCAAGAGCUGCUCUAAGGCGAUCAGUAAGGGAAAAUGGACCUGAUGUAGCUGAGCAGAGUUGUGAAGUUCCACAGACUAUUUCCAGGAAAAACUAUGUGCAACCUGACCUUAACAUGGAGAGACAUUUAAUGCCUCGGAUGCUUGCUGGUGUCAGUGGUCCCUCAAACUGGAAUGAAGCUCUUGAUAUAAUUUCUUUUGGCUCUCCUGAGCAGUCUGUCGAGGGAAUGAAAGUUGUCUGCCAUGAGUUAACACAGGCCACUAAUGACCCAGAAGGCAGUUUGAUGGAUGAACUAAUGAAGGAUGCAGAUAGACUCGUUUCAUGCUUGGCGAAUAAGGUAGCCAAAACUUUUGACUUCAGUUUGACUGGUGCAUCAUCAAGAUCUUGUAAAUAUGUUCUAAACACGCUUAUGCAGACAUUUCAAAAUAAGAGACUUGCACAUGCUGUCAAGGAAAACACUCUUGACAACCUUAUUACAGAGCUUCUGCUUUGGCUUUUGGAUGAAAGGGUUCCCCAUAUGGAUGAUGGCAGCCAACUUCUGAAAGCUCUGAAUGUCUUGAUGCUUAAAAUUCUGGAUAAUGCUGAUCGAACCUCAUCCUUUGUCGUCCUAAUUAAUCUAUUACGUCCUUUAGAUCCUUCAAGAUGGCCUUCACCUGCAACAAAUGAGACUUUUGUAGCAAGAAAUCAGAAGUUCUCUGAUCUGGUUGUCAAAUGCCUUAUCAAACUCACAAAGGUUCUUCAAAGCACAAUCUAUGAUGUUGAUCUUGAUCGCAUCCUUCAAAGUAUCCAUGUCUACCUGCAAGAACUAGGAAUGGAAGAAAUCCGGAGAAGAGCUGGAGCUGAUGAUAAACCAUUACGAAUGGUAAAAACCGUUCUACAUGAACUUGUCAAACUUAGAGGGGCUGCAAUAAAGGGUCACCUAUCUUUGGUGCCCAUAGACAUGAAGCCUCAACCAAUUAUUCUUGCCUAUAUUGAUCUCAAUCUUGAGACUUUGGCUGCGGCAAGAAUGUUGACAUCAACUGGCCCUGGUCAAACUCACUGGGGUGAUUCUGGAGCCAACAAUCCAGCACCUGCCACAAAUUCUGCUGAUGCCCAGCUAAAACAAGAACUCGCAGCAAUAUUUAAGAAAAUUGGUGACAAGCAGACAUGCACCAUUGGUCUCUAUGAGCUUUAUCGCAUCACUCAGCUAUACCCUAAGGUUGAUAUAUUUGCUCAGCUCCAAAAUGCUAGUGAGGCAUUUCGGACUUAUAUUAGAGACGGCUUAGCUCAGAUGGAGAAGAAUGCUGCAGCAGGAAGGACUCCUUCAAGUGUGCCAAUGUCAACCCCUCCCCCUGCUUCUCUUUCUUCUUCGUCACCUGAAUUUGGGCCUCUGUCCCCUGUACAGACCAACUCUUUAAAUGAUUCUAAAUUAUCAAGUACAAAACCUGAACCAACAAGCUUUAAUUUGCCACCAUCAUACACUGAAGACUAUCGGGGGGCUGGUAAUGCUAUAAAUACAGCAAGAGUUCGUGCCCCUGAAAAUGCAUUGGCAGACCAAAGAAAUGAGAGAUUUAUCAGUGGGGUAACCAGUGGCACAUUGGACGCAAUCAGAGAGAGGAUGAAGAGUAUGCAACUAGCAGCUGCCGGUGGGAACAUGGAUGAUUAUGGAACCCGGCCCUUGAUGUCUGUCAAUGACAACUUAAAUCUUGGACUCUCAACUCAGACUCGUACAUUAGAUCCUCAUCCUGGUAUGGAGAACCCGGCACAAGGAGGUGUACUUCCUAUGGAUGAGAAGGCAUUGUCUGGGCUCCAGGCACGGAUGGAAAGACUAAAGAGUGGCGGAGCACUUGAACCUCUUUAAAAAUAUUCCUUUUAUGCUUUUUUCUAGGCCUGCCAUCGAAAGCCGUUAUUGUAAAUGGAAGGGAAUUAACAUACCGCAGUUACCCAUCGAAAGCAGCCCCUGUUUCUCCUCUUCUUGGUUGAAAUGCCAGCCAAGUAGAUUUAGCUGUACCAAAUUUUCUUUAAUUUUAGAAAAUGCGAUACGGUGGUUUCAUGAAUUCUAUUUCUGUUGGACAUUAGUAUUCAGGCAUAGGUAGGUAUUUGGUGAUAGACUAAAAUUUUGUUGCAAGAGUUGGAUGGGAUGGAAUCAAACGUUGGCUUUACAAUAUUGAUAACUUUGUAAUUGUGAUUCGAUUUGCCCGUAAAUUGCAAUUAAACCCAGUGUUUGCUUCUA